AACGUGCAAAGUUUUGGUUCUCUCGGCCACCGUAUUUUCUGAAAAGAAAAGGGGGAAACAGUCACUCCAACAUGGCGCUGCGCACGGUUUGCAGUGCUGCCUUGCUAACUGGGACAGAUUUAGGGGUCAACAAUGCGAGGACGUUUGUCACAACAGCCCUCCUCUGCAGACGAAUACGUCGAUUGGAUCCGUUGCCAAAUAGCGAGUUUGACGCUAAAACCCUGGAGUCAGCUGAGAGGUAUCGCAGCUACACUCGUUACUUGAGGGAAGCCAAGGAGGCAAACAACAAACCUGUGUGGUGGAAAACCUACAGGAGCUACGUGGAAAAAGCUGAUCCUGAGCAUGGUGCAAAGCGACUGGACAUUGGACUGCCGUACUGUCAACCACGCAGGACAGAAGACGUGAAAAAGAGGAAGCUUGUGUUGAAGGACAACAAGCAGAACGUUGAGCUGGAGAGGGCUUUUCGUCUGCGUACAUUUAAAAUCCCUGUGGAUCAAGUGCAGGAAACCUGGAGGAAGAGCAAUGGUCCCUUUCAUAUAAAGAGACUGGCAGACCACUAUGGGGUCUUCAGAGAUCUCUUUCCCAUGGCCUAUUUUGUACCUCAAGUCUCGCUCAACAUCUGCUAUAACCAAGACAACAGUGCUCGAGUGUAUUAUGGGAAUCGGCUGACACCAACUGAGGCAGCAUCUGUCCCUCAGAUCAGCUUUGAUGCAGAAGAAGGCUCCCUGUGGACCCUCCUGCUCACCUGUCCAGAUGAGCAUCUUCAGGAUAAUGAGGCAGAAUACGUCCACUGGCUAGUGGGGAACAUUCCCGGUGGAGCAGUGCAGGCCGGGGAGGAGCUGUGUCACUACCUGCCCCCCUUCCCUGCCAGAGGAACAGGCUUCCAUCGCUACAUUUAUGUCCUCUUCAGACAGGAGGGACGCAUCAGCUUCCAGGAGGAUGUCAGGCCUUUGCCGUGCCAUUCAUUGGUGGAUCGUACAUUUAAGACGGUGGAUUUCUACAGGAAGCACCAGGACAAUAUGACACCUGCAGGCCUGGCCUUCUUCCAGUGCCAGUGGGAUGAAUCUGUCACCAACACCUUUCACAACACACUCAACAUGCGGGAGCCAGUGUUUGAGUUUAUCCGGCCUCCGGUGUACCACCCUCCGCAGGUCAAAUACCCCCAUGGACAGCCCCUGCGCUACCUGGACAGAUACAGAGAUGGAAAGGAGCACACCUAUGGAAUAUACUGAUUAUGAGACGGACACAUGCAAAAGUGUAGUUAUGUUUGGAAUAUUUAUGUGAAAUAAAACAUUUUUCAGCUGUGCUCA